AUGACCGGUAUCGGAAUUGAUCUGGGCACGACCUACUCUUGCGUCGGCGUCUUCCAGCACGGAAAAGUGGAGAUCAUCGCCAACGACCAGGACAAUCGAACCACCCCCUCCUAUGUUGCUUUCACCGACACCGAGCGACUGAUUGGCGAUGCCGCCAAGAACCAGAUGGCACUGAACCCGACGAACACCGUCUUUGAUGCGAAGCGACUCAUUGGUCGCGAGUGGACUGACAAAAAUGUCCAACAUGAUCUCAAGUUCUUCCCCUUUAAGAUGAUUGAAAAGAACUCAAAACCGCAUAUCAAAGUAAAGACGAGCACCGGUGAUGAGGUGUUUGCCCCCGAGGAGAUCAGUGCAAUGGUACUGCUGAAGAUGAAGGAGACCGCCGAGGCGUACCUGGGCCAGAAGGUCACUCACGUCGUGGUCACUGUUCCUACAUACUUCAACGNGGUCACCCACGCCGUGGUCACAGUCCCUGCAUAUUUUAACGAUGCCCAACGUCAAGCGACAAAGGACGCCGGAGCCAUCGCCGGUCUGAAUGUGAUGCGAAUCAUCAACGAGCCCACUGCCGCAGCCAUUGCCUACGGUCUGGACAAAUCCCCCAACGGGGAGAAGGUGCUCAUCUUCGACAUGGGCAGUCACACAGUCAAUGUCUCUCUGCUGGCCAUCAACAACGGCGUCUUUGAGGAGAUGGCCACUAACAGUGACACUCACAUUGGCGGAAAGGACUUUGACCAGAACGUGAUGGAGCACUUCAUUAAGCUGUACAAGGAGAAGACUGGCAAGGACAUUCGCAGCGAUAACCGAGUUGUGCAGAAGCUCCACCAAGAG